UAUAUUUGUCUAAAUUUAUUGUUUGUACUUUCAGUAUAUUAUAUAAUAAAUUAAAAGUUCUAUUUCUGACUGAACUGCUUGUCGAAAUUUACAGGUACAUCGAACUUUCUUCUAUGGCCCUAAAAUCUGAAUGGAAGAUAAACGAGCACACACAGAAGCUUAGUUUUUCCAUUGGUAUUAUUAGAGGUACUUGGCCAGCGCAAUGAAAUUAUAAGAGGAACUAAAAAUUGUUGGAACUUGAUAUUCUCUUUUUAUGUUAGUCGUUUCAUUGACUACGGUCUUCGAUAACAAUAUCUGAGAAGACGAGAUGCCAAACAUUAAGCUACAAAGUUCUGACGGAGAGGUAUUUGAAGUUGAUGUCGAUAUAGCUAAAUGUUCUGUUACUAUUAAAACAAUGUUAGAAGAUUUAGGCAUGGAUGAAGAUGAAGAAGAGGUAGUACCUUUACCAAACGUUAAUUCAGCUAUUCUUCGAAAAGUCAUCCAGUGGGCUACAUACCAUAAAGAUGACCCCCCACCUCCUGAAGAUGAUGAAAAUAAAGAAAAAAGAACUGAUGACAUUAGCUCAUGGGAUGCUGACUUUUUGAAGGUUGACCAAGGAACAUUAUUUGAAUUGAUAUUAGCAGCAAAUUAUUUGGAUAUUAAAGGACUUCUUGAUGUUACUUGUAAAACAGUUGCAAAUAUGAUUAAAGGAAAAACUCCUGAAGAAAUACGUAAAACUUUUAACAUUAAAAAUGAUUUUACUGCUUCUGAAGAAGAACAAGUACGUAAGGAAAAUGAAUGGUGCGAAGAAAAAUAAAUUCUGAUUUUUCAAUUUAUUAUAAUUAUAAAAAUAAUAAUACAUUCUC